CUCUUUCAACUUUCUCUUAGCUUUAUAGAGAACUGUUCAAUUAUUAUUAUUUUGAAACUGUAUAUGUUUAGAAGCAAAAUAAAAUACAACAUAAUCAAUUCUUUAACAAUUUUUACGUAAGACAUAAUUUAAUACAAAUAAAUCCUACAAUGUACAAGGAUUCAAAUAACAUAAUCAAUAAGCGCAAACAUGCUAAUUUAACAUUCACUGUGCGCAAGAGUGUGUGGCGCAUCAUCACAGUUUUUAUUUUGUUACCUAAUAUACGAAUCAGUAUAUCUGCGGCAUUCACGAUAAAUAGUAUGUUCAAGUAUUAAAAAUCUAAUAAUACUUUUAUCAUGAUUAUAAACUAAAAAAAAUAAAAAAAUAAAGUAAAACAAUGGUUGUAUCGAAUGUAAUUAAUAAUAAUAAGAUGCACGAAUGCGAUGCCAGCGAUCCUUUUUCAAAACUUCAAAAGUUCGGAUGUUUUCAAUUUUAUCAAUAUUUUUUAUUAUGUUUACCGUUAUUGGUUGUAUCUAUGAUGCAUGUGAAUUAUGUGUUUGUCGCUGAACAAGUUAAUCAUAGAUGCAAAGUUCCUGAAUGUGAUAUUGCCAAUCCUGUAGUAGAUAUUCCAUCAUGGUGGCCCAAGAAUGUUGAUCCAAAAUGUUACAAACCAAUCCUUGAUAUAAAAAAAUACCAAGCAAAUAAUAAUACUUGUUCUGAUGUAACUUUUCUUGAACAAAUUGAAAAAUGUAAUUCAUGGAUAUUUGAAAAUCAUAAUUCGAUUAUAUCUGAGCUAAACCUUGGCUGUGAUUCAUGGAAAGUAUCUUUAGUUGGCAGUAUACACAACGCUGGCAUGAUUGUUUCGAUGAUGAUCACUGGAUGGAUUGCAGAUAAGAUCGGAAGAAAACCCACUGUAAUAAUUUGCUCCAUUGGAGGUUUCGUGGGGAUGUUUAAAAUAUUUGUCACCAACUACUACACCUAUAUAGCCUUAGAAUUUUUGGAAUCUGUCUUAGCAUCAGGACUGUAUACUGUUGCAGUUGUUUUAUUAAUUGAAGUUGGAGGAGAAACUAAGAGAGUUUCUACGGGUGUUAUAUUCUCAUAUGCAGUUUACAUGGGUGAAAUAAGUUUCGCUUUAUUAGCGAUGGGAUUUAAAUAUUGGAAAUAUCUUAUUUUAUUAGUAUACACUCCUUCAAUAUUGUUUAUUUCGUUUACAAUCUUCCUAAGAGAAAGCACAAGAUGGCAAAUUCUGCAUGGUAGAAUGGAUGAUGUGAAAAAGACGUUUAAAAUUACUUCAAAAAUGAACGGUCUUCACUUGCCUCAAGAAACAAUUGAUGCAUGGAGUGACGUUGAGAUUAAAUCAAAGUAUAACUUAGAAAUGCAGAUAGAAAAAGAAACUAUGAAAGAUGUGAUACGAUCAAAGGAAAUUUUAACGCGAUUGGCAGUGACUUCCUUUUGUUUUUUCACUUCUAGUUUUCUUUAUUAUGGAUUGAUUAUUCAUUCAGUUCUGUUACCCGGCGAUAAGUAUACUAACUUUAUUUUGACCUCAGUCGUUUCUUUCCCUGGGGAUCUGUUGGCGUAUUACACUAUGAAUUAUAUUGGAAGAAGAAUCACUUUACAGUGUGGUUACAUAAUAACUGCAAUAUUUUUGUUAGCGCAGAUAUUUUCACCUGAUCGUAAGUAUUAGAUAUAAUACAAUACAAUUAAUUUAACAAUCUUCCAAUUUAGCUAAGAAUUUGUAAUAUAUUUAAUUGAUCACUUUAAAUUUUUAUUUUUAUGUAGUCAUUUUAAUGAGCGAUAUUAUAUCAAGAGCUUUAUUUUAUUAUAUGAUAAUAUUAUUGUUGUUUUUUAGAUAUGUUCUGGCUCAAAAUAUUCUUAUUCCUGGUUGGCAAAUUUGGAGUCGUAAUUUGUUUUACGGGAAUAUAUACUUAUAGCCUGGAAUUAUUUCCAACGAGCGUAAGGGGAUCUCUAUUGGGAUGGGGGAAUACUGCAGCAAGGGUCGGAAGUAUGUUGGCUCCAUUGACGUCACUUUUGAUGUCGCAGAUGACUUCUUUACCUUCGAUAUUGUUUUCUUUGACGGCGAUUUUAUCAGCUAUAUUUUUGAUAUUUACACCAGAAACGAAAGUCAUGCCCUUAUUCGAUACAAUAGCACAAGUGGAAGCCAACAAAAGAAAAAACUCAGAAAUUUGUACCCAUUUGUAAUGUGCAUUUUUAGUAACUAAAUAUUAUAUCUAUAAAAACAAUUAGUGGAUUCUAUUAAAGUGCUUUUAAAUAAGUUUA